AUGGGUAAAUAUAUUUCUAAACGAUUAAAAAACCAAAAACUUCGACUGGAACGUUUAAAAAACGCAAAAUCAAUACAUAACACUAUACCAACAUCAACUGAGCAUGUAACAACAACAAUAGAAAAGAAACUAAAAUUAGCUCGUGCUCAACUUAAUUCUACAUCGACUUCAACAACACAAUCGACCAUAGAAGACGAAUUUUCAUCACCUGAUAUUCCAUAUGAAAGUGUUAAUAUUAUUGUCAGUAUCGGUAUGAUACUAAAUUUAGUUAAUAAAUUGCGUUGUCCUUCAUGUGAUUGUGUUGGCAAAAUGUCUGAAAAAAUUACUCAACGUCGUGGUCUCGUGUACAAUAUCAAGUUUUCAUGCAUUUGCUCAUUUGAAAUGUCUUUUACAAAUUCAACACAAUUGGUUCAUCCAACUACUAAACGUAUGGAUGAACUCAACAUGAUGGCAUGUGUAGCAGCUAAUAUUGUUGGGAUCAAACGAACAGGCAUGACUACAAUUUUAGGCAUGUUAAAUAUUUUACCACCAGUUCAAAUUGAAAACUGGAACAAAUAUCAAAAAAUAUAUUCAGAUGCUUUGGAUGUUGUAAAAGAUGAAAGUCUUGGAAGAGCCGCUGAUGAAGCAGCAGAACAAUCAUCUGAACCUGCUGAUCAUGAAGGAGUUACAAAUAUUAAAGUUUCAAUUGAUGGAACAUGGUUAACUCGUCGUGGUCAUUCUAGUUUACAUGGAAUAGCAACUGUGUGCACAACAUCGGACCCGUCAAAAGUAUUAGACUUCGAAUGUCUAAGUCGAUACUGUACCACGUGUUCUGGUUUAUUAGGGAUUAAAGAACACAGUCCUGAAAUGUAUCAACAGCUUUUAACACAACAUAUUGCAAGUGGUUGUGAAGCAAAUCAUUCAGGUUCAUCAGGUGGAAUGGAGGCUGCAGGAAUGGUAAAAGUUUUUCGUCGAUCAGAAGCUAAACAUCUUCUACGAUACACGACAUACGUCGCUGAUGGUGAUGCCAACAAUGAACGUGCACUUAUCGAUGCUCAACCAUAUGGAAACAUGCCUAUUCAACGUCUUCAAUGUAUAAAUCAUUUUUCAAAACGAAUGCGCACUGCUCUAGAAACAAUCAAAAACAAAUAUAAAGGUGAAAAAUUAGAAGACGGUUUACCAAUUGGAGGUCGAAAAGGACGUUUGACUGAUGACAAAAUUCAUCAAUUAACUGUUUCUUACGGAUCUGCUAUUAGAUCUCAUGUGAACGAUUUGGAAUCAAUGAAAGUCGCUUGUUGGACUACAUUUUACCAUUACAAUUCUACACGUGAAAAUCCUAAUUAUGAAUCUUGUGAUCCAAGCAAGUGCCAUAUUUGCAAACACAAAUCAUUUGAUUCUAGCAAACACAGUAUAGCAUCUGCAGUAAUGAAUGUCAUUCGUCCUGUUUAUGAAAAGAUGUGCUCUGAAGAAACAUUAUCAAAAGUGGUCGAUGGAGGAACAACCAAUCCAAAUGAAUCUUAUCAUAGCUAUAUUUGGUCUUUGUGUCCUAAAACACAAUUUCAUUCUGCUAAAUAUGUUCGUGAUGCUGCUUCUCUAGCUGCUAUUCUUUACAAUGAUGGUUAUCAACUAUCAUUCACAAAACUGCUUCAACAAUGUGGUGUUCAAAGUACAAUUCCUGCAUGUGUUAGAAUGCUACAAUUAAUUGAUAAUCAACGACUAAAAGACUAUAAACUCAAAACCAAAGCAACUCGACAAAAGGCACGACAACGACGAAUAUUAACUGAACAACGUCUCAAUCAAAAAGAAAAAUAUACCUAUACAACAGGAGCGUUUGAUUAA